GACAGCACUUCAUAACCACUCCUAGUUGAGUAAAGGGGACUAUUUUCUGUGGGAGGGGUGGAGGAGGAAUAAGAGGUCCUGCGCGCGCCGGUUUCCCGCUCUCGACGCCGCCAUUGCCUGCACAAGCGAAAUCAAUCUCUCGCGAAACCUCGCCGCAUUCGCAAGCGCGAUGAACUCGCUGGUCCUGCCGGAAGUUGAUUAUGAUUGCUCUCUCCGCUGCAUCGAUUUGGCUACAAACGACAGUCUCGGCUUUUCACUGAUGCUGCCAGUAUUCAGCCCUCUUCCCCACUCGGCAUGGCCAUCUUUUGGAGGGCAGUCUGUUCUUCCAGGAACAUCCUGACCGCUCUCUGCUGCAGAAGGCGGGCUCUUCCGAUAUAUUUUCUUGUCUUUAUCGCCGCUGUAUGGAGUACGGUGUGGAUGCAGAAGAGCCAGGAGACAUUGACGAAAGACGAUGUCAACGAGAAAAAAGUCUCAACUCUAAAGGUUAUCCGGUAUGGUGAGGGACACCCGAGACUGGCGCUGUACUCGGCGCACGAGCGAACGCUGGACGGCGCCAUGGUGGUGACGGUGGUGGGGCUGGUGGACAGAGACAAUGUACAGUUCACUCAAGUGACCUGCCGUUUCAGUGUCGAGAAAGAAAAGCUCGGAAGUGGUAAUGACACCUCGUAUUGGGACACCCAGGGGAAAGUUUUGGUCUUGCCGGAACACCACAGCCAAAGGUACGGGGCAGCUUUAAUUGACUGUCCCAUUCUUCUUGAACGUCCACGCCCCAACUUAGUCUCCAUUGUCGUGAACGUGACUGACCCCUACCUGUACUCCGCACAAAUAACCUACCUUGACACAGGUGAACCCAAGAGACAGCUGGCACUUUGCAUGCCGCCCAUACACAGUGGAUACAACAACUGGAAGGAACUCGUGGAGACGCUGGAGCUUCAGCAGCUCUUGGGAGUGGAUCGCGCAGACGUGUACGCGCAUAACACCGGUCCCAACGUCACUUCCGUCCUAAAUUACUACGUCACCAGAGGCUUCCUGCAUGUGCACGAGUGGCCAGACCCUCCACAGCCAGUCCACUACUUUGGCCAGCUGGCUGCCAUCAACGACUGUCUCCUGCGCAUGCGCAAUGUCGCCAAGCUGGUCUUGUUUACCGACUUGGAUGAGGUCAUCGUGCCCCACCGCCAUGAUUCUUUGUCCGACAUGCUGCAAGACGUUCUCAAAGGACAACAAGAUCCAGAUCAUGUUGGAGCCUUCAACUUCCUCAACUCCUUCUUCGUGCCUUCAAAUGACUCUGAAGCCCAAAGCAGACUUCUCCAAAACUCCACCCUCAACUCUGACCAGAUUCGUCUCGCUCGUUCUCUUGGACUAAAAGCAGUGUCGGGUGUGUACCAUGGCAAAGUUUUCCCUUUCACUGAACGCUCCAAAUGCAUCGUGGACCCGCUGACAGUGACGAUGAUGCAGGUUCACUUUGUAGGAAUCUUUUCCAAGGGCUUCAGGUCAGUGACUGUGGAUCCCAGCAUUUCCUUGCUACAUCACUAUCGCGGGAGAGAAGACAGAGAAAAUCUUGUUCCAGAAACUUCUGCCUUAAAAUUCGCUCCGGAACUUAUAAGGAGAGUGCACAGUCUCGGGAAAGCUGUUGGAUUUCUGGAACAUAGUAACAGCUAACAAAGUGGUGGUGGAAUGAUGUGAGAGGGAGAGACAUGGAAAGCUUCUCUUUGUCUCUCUUUCUCUGUGUGUUUGUGUGUGUGUUUUUUAUACAAACGCCGGAGAUUCUGUCCGUUGGAGUUUUUGUUUAUAUAAAAUAUGUUGUUAUUUU